GCCGACCGGCGGCUGGCCUAUUUGCAGGUGUCCGCGGAGGCCAACCAGAUCUACCCUGAGGUGCUGGGUCUUGGCUCCAAUGCCGGCUGGGCGCAGCUGGGUGCUAAAAUCAACGCACUCCGGUCCUACGUGGCCACUAAGGCCGACGAGGAUGUGGUGAUCGCUGCUGACGCCUAUGAUGUGCUGGUCAUGGGUGGCAAGGCUGAAAUUCUCCGAGUCUUUGAGGAUCUUGAAAGGGAGUCUGGCAAGAGCUUGGUUUUCAACGCCGAGCCUGCGUGCUUCCCGCCCACCGACGGCAUCUGCGAGAAGCAUCCGCCUGCCAAGUGGCGGUGGCGUUUCUUGAAUGCGGGGCUGAUCGUCGGCCGCGCGCACGCGUACAAGAACAUGCUGCGUGAGCUGGUGCCCCUGGAGGUGAACGACCAGUGGUGGUUUCACAUGUACCGGAGGGACCACCCGGAUGAAAUUCUCUUGGACACAGGGUGCAACUUGAGCUGCACGCUUUACACCGUUGGUGGGGGUGGAAUUUCACUGCUGGACCGGCGGAUCCACGUUCAAGUAACACAGACUUCCCCUCCGCUGGUGCACUUUGUUAGUUUCGGUCACCGCACGAAGUGGAUCAAGGGCAGGCCAACCUCGUACUUGCAAGAGACCUUCAGGCAGCUUUAUCCAGAGCAGUCUGCCAGGCUACUGGAGGGGUGGUGGCUGGGAAUCAAUGUUGCUGCCACACAUGACCUUACCAUCUACGAUGGUGAGGGCUUCUGGCUUAUGAUGACAUCCGUCCUUUGCUUGCAGUGCACCUUCACAGGCGCAGUGUCGGACGACUGCUUGGAGCUUCACAAUGGCUCCACAUGUCAUUGGCUGAACGUCAGCUGGCUUCUGCUACUCCUUUCUCUGGCAGUCCUUGUGUGGCUCCGAUGGGGGAACCUCGGGCUCCGUCUACAGUCAUGCUGGCCUUGCCUGCGGCUGCGUUAUGCGAAUCUCGCCGGCAGCCAGAAGCCACCAGGUUUGGACUGCUAG